CGCGUGUGAAAAGGCACAGUGGAGUCACCCAUCACCACCACUCUUUAGGCAAACGGUACUGAGCCCAGUUCUUCCCAAGGGUCAAAUUUUUGUCUUUUCCAAUACAUCAGCCUCGCGGCUAUUCUGUCACCGGCGUUACCAGGUUGUGCUGGGCACUCACUGCCACGGUCUUGGCGGCCUUUCAUAUAAUUCCGCGUGGUUCCCCCGGCCCAAAAGGGCCGGCCCUAAAAUGUCGAGCUAUGAAAUCCGCACGGUGGUGGAUCCACUAAAAUACAAACUGUGAACACUCUCCUACACUGCACGCUAGCGAUAAGACGUCCACAGAGCUGCCUCCAAUUUCACAGAGAUAUACGAAGAGAGAGAAAAACGGGGGAAGGGAAGCGGUAUCUGCUAACUGAAGAAGAUAUAAAGUUACAAGAAUUUCAACAGAUGAAAGUGGCAAUUAGGAAUGAAGUUCAUGGCAAUAAAGAUCCAUAUUUUAGAAAUAUUAAAGAAAAAUUAAAGAAAAAUGGAAUCAUUCUCAAAAAUGAAUUAAAAAAUCUGCUGCAUUUAUGUCAGACUUCAUCUGAUGUGGAACUAGCCAGAAAAGUUAUUUACAGGUAUUUUUUACAAUCCAGGUACCAUGAACAGAAUGGAAUAACAGCCUUACCUAAUUUUAAAUUUGGGCCCCUCUUUAUGAGGCUAUGUUAUGAGCUAGACCUUGAAAGACCUGCAGUAGAACUUAUCAAAGAUCAGAAUUUGCAUGGUUUUUUCUCAGAGAGUACAUCAUUCCAUAUUUUGAUGACUAUGUUGUUUAAAAAAGGCCAUUUUGAAAGUGCUUUGGAAGUUCUGGUAGAAAUGAAAAAACAAGGUAUACCUUUCAACAAAGAAACGUAUCUACUUGCAUUUGCAAUAUGCUAUAAACUGGAUAACCUGGAGUCUUCCAAAAUCUCUGCGAAAUUGCUUGAAGAAGCACAACUGAAAGGUGACAUGUUAUCGCUGCGAGCAUACUGCUUUGCCAUGGCAACUGCUCUCAAGCAGAAUGAUAUAGCGCAAGCCAAACUUUAUUGCUCCCAGAUAAUGAAAACAGAGAACAAACUAUACAAUAAUCUUAAAGUUCUUGUCCAGCUCAGAUCUGGUUUGCUAGAAGAAGUAAUAAAAACUUUAGAGGCAGCAGUGGAAGUAGAUACUCCUCCUUUUGUGAAAAAACUUGAGUUUUCUGAGCAGGUGCUGGCUACAGUCAGGGAAAAGAUGGAAGAAAACCCUAACCUUUCUGUCAAAUUAGGAGAUAUUUAUACGAAACUACAAGCUUCUGGACAGAUUACCAUGUGCACACUGGAAGACAUGCUUUUCCAGAUUCCUAGUUCAAAGAAGACUACUGCAAAGCUUUUAAGUCAGAAGCAAUUGGGAUAUCAGGCUGCUAAUCCGCUUCAGUCAAAUCUAUUGUUGGAAUAGUUCAGUAUUUGGUGGCAAACUGAACUGCUGAUGGCAUCUCUUAGAAGCCAGGUUCAAAUAAAAUGUCUUCUCCCAAUUUCCACAAUGA